AUCAGCUGGCCGCCUCACAACACGUCUGGCUCACACUCUCGCCUCACACGUUCCUCUCCUCCCAAAAUGUUGACCGAAUUCUCGAACGUGAGAAGACAAAUUGACUUCUUAGUGCAGUGAGAAUGUCUCAAUAGGUGUAUCGUACCAAUGGUUGGGAAAUUACGGCGGUGAAUUAGCCUAGUGUGUGGAAAAGGCCUUCCAAAAUGACGCUCUAGCAAGUCUUUGUUCAGAGGUUCAACUGGGCGGUUACUCCACCUCUCCGCGCAGUUAUUGAAUUUUUGGUCUAAGGUGUUUUAAAUGAGCGCAUCCAUGAAAUAAGGAGUUGUAAGGUGUGGAGAGGGAGGUUGGCUUCGUGGGAGCGCCCUCAGGACCCUCAGUAUACAGGUACGGUUGGUAGUGCUGAGGCGGGCCUGACCUGUGUCCGGCCUGCCAGGGUCGCCAUCACCAGCGGGAAACACUUUCCACGGGAAAUUGCAGCUUACGUCGUCACCCGUCACAAGUCACCCGUCACCCAGCAAGUGUCGACCAAGGCUACAAGUCACCCAAGAGUCACCAGCAAUGUCACCAAGGAAGUCGAUGCUCCUCAGUUCUUCACUGGCCAGCGUCCUUCAGGGAGAUGAGGUCGAGUAGUGUGGAGGAAGCCGGGGGUCAUGGUUCUGGUGACCCCUGGGAGGUUUUCACAGCCCUGGCCAUCCUUGUGGUAGAGGGACGGACCCCGGGAGGGGAGAGGGGUUAUCACGCAGGACCCCACUGCCCUCUUCCACAUCAGCUCCAGCACAAGCACUCGUGUCAACCCAAUGAUCAUAUGUGUAUGCAAGCUGGAGCAUUGAUGCGUCAGUUGCGUGUGAUGUGGGGUGUUGGUGUAGGAGUGAGCCUAGAAGUGUUGGUCGCUGCCGAGUGUGAGCACGGAGCAGCUCUUGCCACAACUCUCGACACUACAACAGCUCCCUCUCAAAACCUUCGGUUGAUUGAACAGUGGAACUUCACUAUCUAUGAUCGCAGGCUUGUAGAAGCAACAGCAACUGGUUGGUCGCUGAUGGCAGCUGUCCGCUCCUUCUUGCACUUCUCACAACUGUCGGCUUGGCUGAGUGUUUCUAGGGGCUGCCGCCCUCCCAACGUGUUGUACCGUCUCACAGUAACAUCACCAGUUUUUUGUUCCAAAUUUACAGAAGAGGCAGAAGAGCAUGUAUUUCCACUUGCAUACAUGGGCCAGGACACUUCUAUUAAAGUGGCAGUACGAUCCCUUCCCCGCAGCGACAAGGUUCCAGUAGUUGUGUGUAAUGAACCGCAUGAAGAGGAGGACGAGGUUGAUGCCUUGCUGUUGGAAGGCUCUUCUGGAAAUUCUCAAAAUAAAACAGAGUUGGGCAAGUGUGAAGACGACUUAAGGAGAAGCAUUAUGAAGGCAAGAUUAGCAGAGAACACGCGUAUUAGUCGCAGCGAGUCCCCAGAUACACAGCUUGGUGAAUCUCUCUUGGAUCCCCCAAAUUCCCUUACUCGCUUCCCUCGUCGUUAUCAGUCACCUUCACGAUCAGGCUCACCGUCUUUGGAAACUCCUGAACAUCUCAUUUGUCGUCAUAGACCACCAGCUCCCCAGAUUAACAAACCUCCAGAUAUCGGCAUGAUGCUAGGACCAGCUGCACCUUCUCACCCAUUUUCUUGGACCCAGGCACGGUACCCAAUAACACCAGUUGUUCACCAAGCACCGGUGGAUUCACUGUGUUCACCGAAUGCAGAAGCAAUACAUCUUCAACAACAUCCUCAUCAAUUACAGCACAACCCGUACAGAUUUGACUUCUCAGGGCCAUACCAACAAUAUCGAAGACCACAGUUUAUUUACAAUCGUCCACAAAUGUGCUGGUCACAUGUUCAGCAAGUAAUGCCACAGAAACCUCGGCAUGUUACACCCCAUCCACAACGAACUCAUCUUUCUGUAAAUCCUUGCAGCUAUGACCAGCAUCAAAAGCCACCAAGUCAGAUUUCUCCACGAGGUGGGAAAUACCAACAUUAUCCUGAAUACCAAGUGCAAGAGCAGCAUGAAUAUCAUAAUCCUGCUGGAGAAUACCCAGAGCUUUCAACCAUUUAUAAAGAUGGAAGACCUGUUGGAGAAUACCAGGAGUGUGAUCCAUAUGUAAGGCUAAGAAGUAGGGGCAAAUAUCUUGAAAUUGGCGCUGGUUGUCAAGAUUUUAAUGGAGGCCGUGAUCAAGGCUUGAAACGACGAGGAGAACAUCCUAGCGAGUGGGAAUGUCAAACGGAUCAUCAGCACAGCAAGAGAGAAUAUUUUAAACAGUUUCAAUCCGAAAAUGACCCUUGUACAAGCGGCAACAAAAUGGGAAGUGAAAUGUGUAGCACACGAGUGAAGCAGAGCAAUGUGAUGCCACCUGUAGGGAAACAGACACAGGAAGGUACAGACUUUCCGAGGGUGAUGGAUGACCAGCUUAGACCGUGUUGCUCAUAUACUGGAAAACACUUGUGCUCCAGUCUUGAGGACUUGUCUGAAGUAGGCAGAAGAGAGGAGUCUAAAUCUACACAAUGUCGGUCAAAGGAUUUAAAUCAAGAACUGAAGAAAAGAGGUGAUGUUGGCCCAAGCCACUUGCUUCGCAGCAAGUUUAAUUUUGAGUUAACUCCUAAAGAAACUAUGGAAAUUCUUAGUGUUCUCAGGCAACCAGCUCCUGUACCACCUCUACGGAUAGACUGUCAUAGGAAUAAAUCUAACGCCGAAUCUCCAAGAAGUUCUUGUGAAACCAAAAAAUUGUCACAUUAUCAGGAAGGUGGUCACAUUAGCAAUAAAUCCUGGGAAGAAAAAGAAAUUGAUGUAAAAUAUUUAACUGAUAGAGAAAAGAAAUUGGAAGGGAGAUAUUGGAAAGAGGGCAAAUUCUCACCCUUUCAUACGAAGGAACAAGGUAAAAGUAAUUAUAAGCUUGAGGAAAAUGCACAGAAGACAGUCGACACAUCUUGGAGCAAAUGUAAAGAUAAUGUGGGACCAAAAACCCCAUCUUCUGACUUUCAUGGCAAUGUAAGGUGCCAUAAAGAAAAUUGGGACAAAGAUGUCCAGGAGUUAACCUCUAGUCCUGAAAACUUGUUUCUUGAAGCUAUAACUCGUAGUGGUGAGAAACAUUGUGAUAUUUCUAGUUGUAAGACAUUAGUUGAUAGAAGUGAAUUAUAUCGGACCAGAGUUUGUAGUGAUGUAAGUAAGGAAUCUUGUGAUAAUAGUAGUGCGGAUGUAUACAGUGAACAGGUUACAGAUUCAAAAAAUGUUUGUGGGCAAAGUGUGCAAUCAUUUUUAACUUCAAGUCAAUCUAGAUGCAUUGAAGCAAAGAAAAUCACGCUUAAGACAAGUUUCUUUACUGCCAAUAGUGAACCCACCCAGCCUGUUACCUCCCAGCCCCAGAAGCAAACUUCACAAACUUUGGUUAAGAGCCCAUUUAGUGCAGUUUUAUCAAGCAUCCAAAAAGAGUACAGUCAGGUUUUGGAAGAAGAAAGUCAUGGUCAGGAUUCGGUAAAGUUAAAAUGUUUAAAAGAAAAAGAAACGGUAAAAAGGGCAUUACAGUUUGAAGAGGGAAGAUCUGUUGAUUCAGUUGAAGUUAAAAAUCUGGAGAACAAAUUAUCAAAUGGCAGUCAUUUCGAUGAAAAUUUACCUUCGGAAAUAGCUAGGCAAACGGUUCUAAAAGAUAAAAAUAACGAUGCUAGUAGAAGUGUUCGGGAUAACCGCGAAGGAUUUUUAAAGAGUACAAGUUUGCUCAAACACCUUAUGACUAAAAUUCAUCAUCCAGCUCAGGAUAACACUCAGGAUAAUAAACCACAAAACUAUGGGGAUGAUAUGGAAUGGAGUGAAGGGUCAGAACAAGGAAGACAUGAAAAGCGUGACAUAUGCGAAAUGGAUGUCCAGGAGGAGAGUGCACAUAUUAUUCAACUUCGAGACCUGAAUCAUGAUGAUGAUGAAGUGGAAAAAAUAUGUAAUGGAAAGGGAGUUCCUAUCCCAUCAGCCAGUGAAAAAGCUCAGUUCAGACGAUCUUUGGAUUCUGCAACUAAUAUGGUGUUUCACAGCAAGACGGGACUGCCUCUGACGUCUUCCCCAGCACCUCUCCGGAAAGGAAAACGUUUUGACUACGAUUCGAGUCUGAAUAGUGUUGCUGCUAUUAAAAGAUCGACAUCGUUCCACUGCAGCGCGUUGUAUACCUGUGAUAACGAGGAGGAAGAAGUCUACACUGUUGAGACACACUCAGCUUGCAUCGACACCAGCAAAUCGACACAGCUAUCGAUAUCGGCUCCAGCCACUGUUACGUGUUCCAACCUCCUAGGCAGCUUUGAGGAGUGUGUGUUAAAUGGGCGUCUUGAACCUGUAUCCACAGUACAGGGCUUCACUGCGGAGAUAGCAGCCUCGGGAGCCUUCUGUCCUAAGCGCACUACCAAGCCUGUUACUGUCUUCUUCUAUACCUUAUGUGAUAAUGACCAGAUCUCAUCUCCGUAUAUGGGUCACAUUAACUUGGGCAAAAAAGGUUACCAUGUGCCAAACAAAGGAACCGUUCAGGUGACACUUUUCAACCCGCACGGGACAGUUGUGAAGAUGUUUGUGGUCAUGUAUGACCUGUCUGAUAUGCCGCCCAAUUCACGCACGUUCGUCCGUCAGCGUACACUCAACAUGCCUGUAGGGGCCAGUGAUUCCGAUCCUAAUGCUCAUCAGUGGCUCCGUUACCUCAUACAUCUCAGGUUUGUCAGCUCUAAAUCUGGCAAGAUCUACCUCCACACUGACAUCCGCAUGCUAAUCUUCCGAAAAAGUGAUGCAGAUGCUGCCACCCUGCACAAGACCAGUGUUCCUUAUGAACUACGUUCCUUUACACAUGGUCCUACAAAUCCGAAAUUUUCACCAAGGAAGUAGGAACGAUGUUUUGUCAUACUCAUUGAUGCAGUUUCUCAGUCACGUCAAACACUGCCUAGUUUAGUAAACUUUUUUUUUCUAAUGGUGGACAUGUAUUUUGACAAUUAUAAAACUAUUAGAUUUUAAACAAUAAAUAUUGGUGUUAAAAAAUGCAAGGUACAUUAAUGUAUUUUAAAUUUAUUGAAACUGCAGACAAAUUUGCAUUUAUUGGCAGUGAAUGAAGAACUAGGCUGGUUUUGUGUGUGUUUACACAAAAUAGACUGAGCAGGGGUAGCUUAUAAAGUAUACUUGUUAUGACUUCCAGACUAAUUGAUGUCCUGUCAUCAAAAAAUAUACCUUUUUAAUUUUUAAUGCUUCCAGCCAGACAUCUAGAAUAGGUUGAUAACCAUCCAGAGAAAUAUUAGGCAUGUCAUGUUAUGACUGUGUGUGUGUGUAAUUACCUAAGUAUAGUUACAGGAUGAGAGCUAUGCUCGUGUGUGUGCGCGCGCAUGCGUGCUCUCCUGUGUGUGUGUGUGUGUGUGUGUGUGUGUGUGUGUGUG